GAACUUCUCGGUAGUUUUCGGUCUACAGAGGGGUGUGUCAGGUGAUUUUGAAAGAUGAGGCUUGUGCAAUUUGAAGAUGCUGGCAAUAGGCGGAUUGGCGUUGAACUUAGAGAAAACGGAGAUAUUGUUGAUUUAUGCAAAGCAAACCCAAACAUUCCCAAUGACAUGAGAUCCUUCAUUGAAGGCGGCAAUGCUAUGCUGUCAGCUGCGAAAAGUGUAGUGGAUGGAGGAGGCAGUAUUUUGAAACGAGAAACAGUGAAAGUUGUUGCACCAAUCUAUAAUCCAGACAAAGUCUUAUGUAUUGGUAUGAAUUACACAGACCAUUGUAUAGAACAGAAUGCUCCUGUACCUGAAGUACCAGUUAUUUUUAAUAAAUUUCCAAGCUGUAUAAUUGGACCAACAGAUGACCUGAUAUACCCAGAAGAAACAAAGGAAUUGGAUUGGGAAGUAGAAUUAACUGUAGUUGUUGGGAAAGAUGCCAAGAAAGUAUCUGAAUCAGAGGCAAUGGACUACAUAUUUGGUUAUACAGUAGCGCAUGAUGUCAGUGCUAGAGACUGGCAAUUGAAACCUGGUGUAAAUGGUGGACAAUGGGUAAUAGGAAAAGCUAUGGAUGGGUUCUGUCCCCUAGGUCCAGCUAUUGUAACUAAGGAAGCAUUAAGUGAUCCUCAUAACUUAGGAUUGAGAUGUAAAGUUAAUGGAGUAACAAAACAGGACAGUAGUACAAAUCAGCUUAUACACAAAUCUGCUGCAUGUAUAGCUUUUGUAUCCAGAUUUAUGACUUUGAAAGCUGGUGAUCUGAUUUUAACCGGUACACCACCAGGUGUAGGCGUAUUUAGAAAACCACAAGAAUUUCUUAAGAAAGGUGAUGUGGUAGAAUGUGAAAUUGAUGAAAUUGGAAAAGUUGUAAACAAGAUAGUGUGAAAUGAUAAAGUUCAACAAUUGUGAAAUGAAAACUUUUAACAAUUGAGAAAUGAUAGAAACAACUACUCAGGAAGUAAUGGCUAGAAUGCUGUCAAACAUGUCAUAUGUGGUACUUUGUAUAGAAAAUUAGGAUGUGGGAUAUCAAAUAAAGCUUAAAUUAUAAAUAGAAACUUAUAACUAAUUCUUAAAGAUAUAUUUGUGAUAAUUGUCAGGCAGCAUUGAUGAAUAAAGAAUUAUCUGUCAAAGAUAUAAAUGGA